UUCUCUGCUUUUUCCUACGUUUUCAAUUGCUUUUGUCAUGUUGAUCGAAAUGUGUUACACAGGUCUUUGUUGAAUUGUCUCGACCGCCACAACAUUCAAACAUAACUUCAUUGUAUAAGUCUAAAACAUGCAAAAAUGGUUGAGCACGUUGUCAUAAUAUUUCAAACAUAUUUCUAUACAUUUCCAUUAGACUUUUUAAAAAAAUCUGACUUGAACUGGUAAAUUGCUCCCAGGCGAAUCCUGAGUUUUUCCAACGUAGAUAAAUACAUAAAAAAUAAGAUCAGUCAGUUUUCUGACAUUGAUUGAACCGUCUCAUGAAACAGCAACUGGCAAGUGUAUUGUGUAUAUAGCCAGAGCACGAAACGAUGUUACGUUUCUGACAAUGCAAGGACGAGGAUUUAGACGGAGUCAAAAGCCAGAGAGAAGAAGAAGAAGAAGAAGUGGAGUUAUACUGUGACAGAGGAGUUGGGAAGCAAACAGAAGCAGAGAAAUGUCAGUUUCCAUCAGUCCAACAUCAUCAGUUCAUGGUUUGUGCUGAUGGAGUUCCUCUCACCCUAAUCCUCAUUUCUUAAACCCAUUGAGGAUUUUUUUUUCUCACCACACAGAUGGAAAUUAUAAUGUAAUGUAAUAUCUGCACCACAGCCCUGCAUGCACAGUUUUCCUUAAGGAGAUUGUCCUACGUUUCUGUUUUUAUUUUUGUUUGUUUUUUUUCCCUUCAUGCUCUGUAGUUUCAUCGUUUCCUUUCUAAAUCACAAUGAGAUGAUCAGACAAAUUACAGCAAAAGCGUAAAUAUAAAUCUAGUUCAGCUCCUUUCAUUUACAAUGUACAAUUCUUGUCGCCAAAACUGUAGCCAUAGUUUACAACAGAACGUCCCUCCAGAGUAACACUGUUGUAUUGACAACACGACUAAGCAAUUUGAUUCUUAUCUAUGUGCAGUGAAAGAAGGAGUUGUCAUUCUGAUUCACUGACAUCUUCAAUGACACAUAUAUUUACUUUUGAGAGAUUAACUAAGGAGUUUAAUAAAGAAACUGGAUUUCGCAGGUAAUCCAUGCUGUUUUGCAGUUUGCAUGAAUUGCUUUGAGAAACACGUUUACUGUUGUAAAUGUCAGAAGUGAUUUGAGAAAUGCACUAAAGCAACUGAGAAAAACUCUAAAUAAGUUUUGCUUGGAAAGCUCACAUAAAAUUUCCUGUGUGUCACAAUCGACGUUAGUGUUGGUGUAUUUUACAGCCUCACAGUCUAAGGCACCGUCUCAUAUAAAAAGUGAAAGUAAUAAAGUAAAAGGUGUGGUUUUGUUUCUAGAUAGAGAAACGCACAGCAGCUCACUGAGGUUUACCAUUGAAUCUUUUCUACAGGUGAUUUUGUCCAGCCUGUCCUCCAUCAUGUCUGCAGUCACAUCCAGUCUGUCCAAACAUCAGGAGAACAAUCUGCUGUCUCUCUUCAGCUACGCCAGACUCCACCUCCUUUACAAGGCCAGCAUCCACGGCUUCACUGCAGCCGCCUUCCACGGCCGCUGUGACCAGCAGGGACCCACUGUCAUUGUGGCCUACAACGCUGCAGGGUUUGUCUUUGGGGCUUACACGUCCAAGGACUAUGCCAGGAGCGGAGCGGCUGUCAGUGAUGGGGAGGCUUUCCUUUACAGCAUCCGUGCUGAGAGAGACAAACCGCUCAGAGUCGGGUGUGUCAGUGGGAAGCAUGCCUUCACAGAUGGAGACCCCGGUCCAAACUUUGGUGACUUGGUUUUCUUGCAUGAGGACAAGCCUGCAGUGCAGUCCAAUCCAGGCAACUGCUUCAACUUCCAGGAAGCAGAGAUGCACGGGAAUGACUUGGCACUGACAGAGUUUGAGGUUUAUCGGGUUGAAGGUCUAGGAGAUCUCCUGGAGAAACCUUGGAGAAACAUCCAGUGGACGUCUGAAAAAAAGCAACAGCUGAUGAUAAGCAUCCAGAACUAUCUGCCUGAAAUCAAAGCAGUCAAUCAAGCCCGUGUGUUGCUGGUGGGCCCUGUUGGGGCCGGCAAGUCGAGCUUUUUUAACUCCAUCAACUCCGCAUUUCGGGGCAACAUGACAUGCCAAGCCAUCACAGGCACGGCAGGGACAAGUGUGACCACUCAGUUUCGCGCCUACACCAUUAAGGCAGGAAGACGUGGCGGGACUCUUCCUCUGAUCCUCUGUGACACAAUGGGGCUGGAGGAAAACGCUGACACCGGCUUGAACGUUGACGACGUAGUCAGCAUCUUCAAGGGGCACAUGAAGGACCGCUACCAGUUUAGUAGCUGUUCGUCAAUCCUAGAAGAUUCUCCAGGCUAUCAGAAACACGUGACUCUGAACGACACGAUUCACUGCGUGGCGUACGUCAUCGACACCUGCAAGGUGUCACUUCUCAGCGAGAAAAUGCUGGACAAGCUCACUGCCAUUCGGAAGAAGGCCAACCAACUUGGAAUCCCUCAGAUUUUGUUGAUGACCAAAGUGGAUGAAGCCUGUCCACUAGUGGCAAAGGACUUGAAAAAUGUGUACCGCAGUGUUUACAUCCAGAAGAAGGCCCGCCAGUUGAGUGAUUUCCUGGGCAUUCCUUUGUCCUAUGUGCUGCCAGUGAAAAACUACAGCGAGGAGCUGGAACUGGAUCAGAACACCGACAUACUGCUGUUUAUGGUCUUGGAACAAAUCCUCAACUAUGCAGACAGCUAUUUUGAAAACCAGAUUACAGAUGAUCAGGAUGGAAGCAAUGGACCGGAGCUCUACAGAUCCAUCGAUCCCCGCCGAGUUGUGUCACAACGUGACGAGCCUAAGAUUGUUUAGAUACACAGUUACACAUGUUACUGUAUUGUGGAAAAGUUUGGAUUGCUUUUGCUCUUACCCAUCAGGAGGGUUCUGAUUGACAGCUGUGCUUGGGAUGAGGAGGGAUUGCUGAAAAGUCAAUAUACAAUGUGAUGGGCUAACUUUGAAAACUCAUAUCUACUGAAUCCUAUUCAAUUGACAUGGUUCCCUAUUUCUAAACUUUGACUGGAUUAGAUGUCUUUAUCUAGCAAGUACCUUGAGUUGUCAUUUUAUGUGGAUUGCUGCCAUAUACAUAAACUGUAGAGGAAAUGAGCUGAACCAGUGUCAAUUUCUUUAUGCACAAGUACAAAGUCCAAUAAAACACAUUUCACUGGAGCGAGUCAUCCAGAAGCUUUGCUCUAUGUACUAUCACAAAAUAAAAUAAUCUACGCACACUCAA